AUGUCUUACAAGCCGCACCACCCCACUGUGCCGACCAACCCGAAGGUUUACUUCGACAUCAGCGUUGGUGGUCAACCUGCUGGGCGAAUUGUGUUUGAGCUCUUUGCCGAUGCCGUCCCCAAGACAGCUGAGAACUUCCGGGCUCUCUGCACGGGUGAGAAGAGCUUUGGCUACGCCGGAAGCGGCUUUCAUCGCAUUAUCCCCCAGUUCAUGUGCCAGGGCGGCGACUUCACCAACCACAACGGCACUGGUGGCAAAUCCAUCUACGGCGAAAAGUUUCCGGACGAGAGCUUCGCUGGGAAGGCUGGCAAGCACUUUGGCCCCGGUACGCUUUCCAUGGCAAAUGCGGGACCCAACACCAACGGGUCUCAGUUUUUCAUUUGCACCGCCCCCACACAGUGGCUUGACGGCAAGCACGUCGUGUUUGGCCAGGUGCUGGAAGGGAUGGACGUCAUUAAGGCGAUGGAGGCGGUUGGCUCCCAGACGGGCAAGACGAGCAAGCCGGUAAAGAUUGAUGCCUCUGGCCAACUUUAA